AUGAGCACCGAGGGCACGAAGGGCACCGAGCCAGAAAAAGAGGAGGCUGAGGCUGCCAAGACGCUCCGCGUUGUUGUCCGCAGCCUCGGCGGGGAGGAGCUCUUAGCGCUUGAGGCCGAUGCGGCCUGGACCGUGGCGGCCAUUGCGAGCAAGGUGGAGCUGGAGCCCAAGGUGACCGGGGUUGUGCGUGUGAAGCUCCAGUUGGAUGGCAAGGUCCUGGAGGGCGGCGAGCGACUGGAGGAUGUGGACAGCGGUGGCGAUCUGGAUCUCACGGCGAUCGUGAUACGAGAAAGCGUUGCCGGUGUCUAUGCCGCCUGGGCAUGUUCCAUCUUGAUCCUGCACCCAGACCAUCGCGCUGCGUAUUUGUGGUAUGAUGACUACUGGGAAGACCCGCUGCGCGAAAGCUGCCCGCAGCGGAGUGCAGAGGAGUGGGCGAGCGAGGAGACAUCGGGCACCUGGAGCUUAGAUGGCGUGAACAUCUCCGCCCAUGCCAUUGAGGGCUACUUGGGCGAUGAUCUGGAGCUGACUGCAAGCAUUGCAAGCAGCCCGGAUGCCCUGAAGCAAGGCAUCUCGGAGACCAUGCUGGUGUGCAAGUUGUACCACAAGUUCGGCGACGAUGAGAGAUCUGCAACGCCCGAAGAAAAAUCGUUUUACAAAGUGUGCCAUUUCGAUGAAGAAGCUGCCGAGCAUCUUGGUGAAGAUGCUCCGGGGAAGCAUCCAAGACCCUGA